GGAUGCCGUCACGGCACCUGACUACCCCUGCCCGCAGCACCUACUAAAAUAACCCAUGCGGCGGCGCUCCGGGUAAGGCAGGGUAAGCGAGGUUGAGCCACACACACCGCCAGAUGCGGGCGCACUAGCUCUAGCUAGUGAGACUGUGAGAGUCAGAGAUGUCGCCGCCGCGGCGCCACUUCCUCGUGCUCACCUUCCCGCUCCAGGGCCACAUCGCCCCGGCUCUCCGCCUCGCCAGGCGGCUGCACGUGGCCGCGCCCGACGCGCUCGUCACCUUCUCCACCACCGAGGUCGCGCACAGGCGCAUGUUCCCGGCCAAGCCCGCCGCCGCCGACGGCGGCGCCAACAACGACUCCGUCGAAGACGAUGGGCGCCUCGAGUUCCUCCCCUUCUCCGACGGCAUGGAGGCCGGGUACGUCCGGAGCACCGACCCGGGCUCCUUCAACGCCUACAUGGCGUCCUUCCACGCCGCCGGCGCGCGCAGCUUCGGGCAGCUCGUGGACGCGCUCGCGGCGCGGGGCCGCCCGGUCUCCCGCGUCGUGUACACGCUCAUGCUCCCGUGGGCCGCCGACGUCGCACGGGAGCGCGGGAUCCCGUCCGCGCUCUACUGGAUCCAGCCCGUCGCCGUGUUCGCCAUCUACCACCACUACUUCCACGGCCACGCCGGCGUCGUCGCCGAGCACCGACACGACCCGUCGUUCGUCGUGGAGCUUCCUGGCCUGGCGCCACAGACGACGGUCGCCGACCUGCCGUCCUUCCUCACCGACUCCACCGACCCUUCCGAUUUCUUCCACGGCAUCUUCACCACGAUCCGCGACCUGAUGGAUACGCUUGACAAGGAAAGACCCAAGUCGACCGUCUUCGUCAACACGUGCCAAGAGCUCGAGGUAGGCGCGCUCGCCGCCGUGGAGGCAGGGGCACAGGCAGAACACGACGUGCUCCCCGUCGGCCCGGUGCUCCCGUCGUCCGGCGUCGGCGACGACGACGCCGUCGGCAUCUUCAAGGAGGACGACGACGCCAAGUACAUGGAGUGGCUGGAUGCCAAGCCGGCGGAUUCCGUGGUGUACGUCUCCUUCGGGAGCCUGGCGACGAUGGCGAGGGAGCAUCUCGACGAGCUGCUCCGGGGCCUCGAGGAGUGCGGGAGGCCGUACCUCUGCGUCGUCAGGAAGGACAACAAGGCCGCGCUACUCGCGGACGCCGAGGCGAAGGCGAUGGUGGUCGGCGAGGAGCUCGAGAACGGCGUCGUGGUGGAGUGGUGCGACCAGGUGCGGGUGCUGUCGCACGCGGCGGUCGGGUGCUUCGUCACGCACUGCGGCUGGAACUCGGUGCUGGAGAGCGUGGUGGCGGGGGUGCCCAUGGUGUGCGUGCCCCGGAUGUCGGACCAGCGCACCAACGCUCGGCUCGUCGUGCGCGAGUGGCGCGUCGGCGUGCGCGCGCAGGUGGACGACGGCGGCGUGCUGCGAGCGGCGGAGGUGCGGCGGUGCGUCGAUGAGGUGAUGGGGAAUCUGGAGGCCGCCGCGGAGGUGCGGCGCAUGGCGGCAGAGUGGAAGCAGGUAGUGACGAAGGCUAUGGGCAAUGGAGGGUCGUCGGAUCGUAAUCUCAUGGCGUUCGUGGAUGGCGCGAGCUAGCGCCGUUUGAAGAUUGGCCUGUGUUGUUUCUUUCUUUCAGUGACAAAGGACAAUGUUUUUUUUUUUGCGAAUAGACAAAACAAUGUUGACUGCGGAUAUUGCGGGCCUGUUUGGAUUUCUUGCCGUAUGGCCACACCGACUCUGGUGGAGCACGGAAUAAUCACUUUGUUUACAUUAAAAAGUUUUUGGAUUUUGAUAUUAUAUCA